AAAACGGUUACGGCAGUUUUUCUCUAUGAACGCCUAAAUCUGUUAUCAUCUCUUUCCCUAUCACUAUCCGACGACACAAACGAUCGGACGCGAUAAUUUGCUGUGCAGUAUAAACAAAAAAGAUAGGUGCGUCCACAUAGGCUUCAUCCGCCGUGAAACUUAUAAGCAGAAAGGAAGCUCAGUUCAAUUAGAUACUCGCAUCCAUCCGAUCCAAUCUCGUGAAGCUGUGGGUGACACUUGUUGUGCAAACUGUAGUGAAUAUUCGCGAAUCUUCAUUACCUCCCGAGCGCUUUGAUGAGUGAAAAUAUUGAAUAUUUUUUUCUCAGUGCUAAAAGUGUUUAAAAAUAGUUGAAAGUGUGGUCAUCUUUGUUAUUGUGGAGCAGCUGAGCGAGUGUGAUUGGCGUUAAUAUAUUCCGAAAAAGGUGGCAAUUAGUCGUUUGAAUUGAAACCCCGUCAAAGGCGCAGUUUAAUUGUUCUGGAAAAGAGUGGUGCAAAAAGCGCAGUUUCCAUUCUAGUGCAGAAUCCUAUUCUUUGUGUGCUGAAUUCAGAGUAGCGAAAAAAGGAUACGUGAAUAAAAGGAGCUUGAAGGGAGCGCUUUAGAAACAACCAAGAUGGCGACGGUCGCCGAGAGCACAGCAUCAACGUCGGAAAAGCAGACACUAGCGGAUGGUGUGAUUCCACGGCAUAGGCAAAGCACAGAGGGCGACAACGAUAGCGGUGUGGAUGAAUCUACUCAAGAAAAGGAUCGAAAUGGUCCAACUUCUCCAGGUUCACCAUUGAAAUCACCUAGCAAAAUACCAGCACUACGGCGACCAGACAGCAUCACUCCGCAAACACGAUCCAGAAGCACUUCGAAGCAACGACUUACUGCUAAAACUCCAGAAACUCCAUCCGAACCGCUAAUUAAAAAGGUACCAAUGAAUAAAAUACAAGUCGGUGCAGCUCCUUCGCCUAACUUAAAGGUAGUUAGAUCUAAGAUAGGAUCGUUGGAAAAUGCUACCCACAAACCGGGCGGUGGGCACGUUAAAAUAGAAUCGAAAAAAAUAGACAUCAAGGCAGCGCCAAGAAUCGAGGCGAAAAACGAUGCCUAUGUUCCAAAGGGUGGUGAUAAAAAGAUCAUCACCACAAAGUUGACAUGGACCGCCAAACCUAAGAUAGGAUCGCUGGAUAAUGCUCACCAUAAGCCUGGAGGCGGAGACAAAAAGAUUGAAACUCUUAAAACUGACUUCAAGGAUCGCGCAAGACCGAAGAUUGGUUCCAAGGAUAAUCUGGGUUAUCAGCCUGGUGGAGGAGACAUUAAGAUUGUCAAUCAAAAGUUGGACAUCAAGGCCGAGAGCAAAGUGGGCUCACUCGAAAACAUCAAGCACAAACCAGGAGGCGGCGGUGUUAAGAUAUUUGAUGACAAGGAUUAUUUGAAGCAAAUUGAUCACCCAGUGGGACUUACACCACCGUCACAGAGUCCAACAUCAAACGAUGACGAGAAUUAUGGGGACAUCGCAGCAGCAAUUGCACAGCCCAAUACUUCAACCAUCACCGCUACUAAUAUUGACUAAACCUCACGCUAUUACAAUUGCUUACUCACAAUUUUGCAAUAGAUUCAUCUCACUAACGUAAACUUUGGUUUGGAAUAUAAUUAUAUUGAUUGCAAUUAGCUAGAAGUAGCUUGUAUUUAGUUAGAGAGUGAAAUUUUUAUAAGUAAUCGAAUUUUGUACUAAUUGAAAACACAUAAUAAGCUAGUAACUCACGCCUGAUAUUUACAAUGUACGUACAAAAUGUAAGCAAAUCACGUCAAAAUAAUUAGAAAAUUGCACACCGCUGACCUUGAAGCAUUGCCUAACAUGGGAAGAUUCAGUUAUAUUUAUAUGUUUGAAAGGUACUGACUUACCAUAAAAUGAUAAGACAAUUUUGAGUUCUUUAGUAUUGAAGUAUUUUGUCACCAGGCUUUUCUUCCACUCUUUUGAUGAUUUUAGAGGAAUAAAAGAUUUGUUAGUGUAAGUAAUGCUAAUAUUCAGAUAGAGACACACAGUUUAAAAAUAUAUCUUAUUUUGAAGAUGAAGUUGACACAGUUGUAACACUACAUUUUUUAAAAUAAUAAUAACAUUUAAGAACACUUUAUUAUUGAAACUAUAUUAGGCUUUUUUCACUUGCAAUAGGUACUUUAUAAAUAAUCGUUUCAUUCAUGCUUACCCUCCAUAUUGACAGUGUUUUUUUUAUAAACAAGCAACCUGGCUACUGUACCCUUGUAACCUAAGAUUCUUCUUUUUGUUUCCGUUUUUUUGUGGUUUUGAUAAUUUGUUUGAUUGUUAUUUUUUCUAUUUUUUUAUGGAUUGACUUUGUGUUCGAUUACUUUCGCUUAUGUUUAAUCAAUUUAUUUUUGUUCUGAUUUAUUCUUUCUAUUUCGUUUUAGUCCCCAGUUCCGGAAUUCAACUAAAAUUCAUACUAUUAAGCAUUAUUCCUGAGUCCUGCGAUUAGAACAAAUCAAUGAUGCCAACAACUGAUGAACCAAU